AUGCCUUCCGCUCCAAGGUUAGCAUCGAAAGCAGCUAAAGUCCACAUCGAGUACCCAAAGUUGGCUGGACCCUCGUACAUUGCUUUACUAAAACACACUGCCAGCUUCGCACGAAAUAGAGAGGCCAUGGCUAAGAUGGCACGUCCUGUGUUUGAUGCGGAGUAUCAAAGACAGUUGCAGAAAGAAUUUGGUCACGAUGAAAAAAUCUGCAGGAUGGGAUCUCAAGCUGCCAGUCGGAUGUGGAAAAGUACAGAAGCUCGAUACAAUAGAGUACAGCCAGGAGCAAGCGGAUCGGCAGUUCUGUCAGAGGGUGUCGAGCACCUAAAAUUGCCGCCGGUUGGCUCACAUCAUAAAGCGAACAGCGGCAAAGGUCAAAAGAAAGAAUCACGGUCACUGCAGACUUAUGAGGCCUUCGGCAGCAAAGCCGAGAAGUUGAACGCUGAUGUCUCGUUCACCAAACAGCUGAUGGACGACACCUUCCAACGAGCUGUUCUGAUAGCGACACGAUACGGCAGAAGCUCCAAUAAGUCAGGUGUGAAUACGGCAGAGAUCAACAAGGUCCUCACAAGAUUAUGUCUUCUUUGA